UACAGUGACAGCAUUGGAGCUAUUUACAUGUUUCAUUUUCACUUUUAUCCAAACGACUUUGUGGCUGUGAUAGCUUGGACUCGUCGGGAAGAAAUGUAUCCGCUGCAACGCACAGAAAGCUAAAGCUUGUAGUAUGUUAAUGACGUGAAGUUACCUUUUGCCGGUAGUUAAGCCUUGAAGCUAACCGCUAACAGCUAGCUAGACGUUGUCACCGGUACAGGCGGACCUCUUUGUCUGACAGGGGAAGGCGUGCUCUUUUGUUAGCUUUUUCCCCUUUGUCCGUUCGGGAUAGAGGAACUGACGGGUCAGGAUUUCAUAGGCACCCGUAUUUUGGGAGUAUUUAGAAAAUGCAGGUCGCGAAAAAAUACUUUACAGAAGGCCUGAUUCACUUGACUAUCUUGCUCAGUUUGGUUGGAGUUCGAGUAGACAUCGACAGCUACCUUACCGGCUACUAUCCGCCACUCACUGAGAUUAACUUGGGUCCAAGCUCAGCCUACAUCCAGACACCCUUUCACGUUUUGAGAGACACACUUGACGGAUACGGAGUGCAUCCAAAAUGCCCUGAGCUGGACUACUUCUUCGCCAGUCGUCGUCUGCUGGAUGAGGUGAGGAACCUCGGCUCACCGCGGUUCCACACGCAGCUGAACGCGUGGCUGGUGCACCAAGUUUCCUCCACAGGGCCUUCCACCAGCGGCAACCCUGACGCCAGCGUAGGGUUAGAAAGCACUGAGAAUGAACCUGCAGACGCCGGUGAGCACCGGCCUGUCAGAGACCAAGAAGUGCACUGCCAGUCCAACUCUGAGCUGGGACAGGGGCCUUGUGGUGCUGGAGCCUUCCUGAAUGAGGAUGAAGUUAAGAUUAAAGAAGAGGAGGAAGCAGUUCCACUCACUCACCUGGCUCACAGUUCAACACUAGAACAAGAGAGUUUGUUUGAAGGCAUCACUACGCUGCCUGAUCCGGUGCUUCAACAUGUUCCUCCAGCUGCUGAUAUCGACUGGAACAAUUUGCUUUCUGUUGCAGAUCUUGAUGACCUGGACUCUCUUGUCACCGAUCGUCUCUCGGAGCUCGACUCGGACAUCAGCAGCGCCAUCAGCCAGGACGUCAGCUUGCAUGAUGCCAUGGUGACCAGCGCCGGGGCGUUUGGAGCGACGGAGUCCCGGACGGUCAGCCAGCGGGAAAGAAACCUCCUGCGGCUGGAGUCCACAAACUCCUCGCUCUCUGACUCUUUGCCGGGCAUGGCUGUGGGCCUCGCUGCGCUGCCCUUUGCCUCGGUGUGCAACUUAACGGGAAAUCUGACAUCGCAGAGCGCGCUCGGCAGCUGCUUAGAUGAGGCUGUGUUUGAACAAAUCAAUCAGCUGGGUUUGGGCCUGGAGGCAAUAGACAAUCAGCUGAACUACCUUGAGUGCUUAGACUCUCGAGCGUUCGAGGACUUGGACUCCGAUUCAGGACUCUCCUUGGAAAGCAGCUAUGGAUGUCCCGUCUCCCCUGGUUCAUCUGAGAUGUCAUCAGCGACCAGCUCGUACUAUGAAGAAGAGGGCGGAGCAACCGGCUACAGCAGCGAGGUGGACUCCAAACCCCCUAAAGGCAUCCUGGACCACCGCGCCAUGUGGCCGCCUGUUGAUCUGAGUGAGAGUGUGUGGCACGACCACAGCUACUCAUCUCCCCCUCUCCUCAGCAUGCCGCCCCUAAGGCUGCCAUGUAAAACCGAGGAGCCAGAGGAGGACGGCAGGUCCCAGCUGGAGGAACAGGAGCUGAGCCGCGACGAACUGCGCGCCCGCGCCAUGUGCAUCCCCUUCUCCGUCCUGCAGAUCGUCAACAUGCCCGUGGAGGAGUUCAUGGAGGUGCUGGACAGCCACAGCUUCUCCGCCGAUCAGGUGACGCUCCUGAGGGACAUCCGCAGGCGCGGGAAGAACAAGCUGGCGGCGCAAAACUGCCGCAAGCGUAAGCUGGACGCCAUCACGGGGCUCCAGGAGGAAGUGGAGAGGCUGCAGGCCCAGAGAGACCGACUGCUGAGGGAAAAGCGGCUCACGGCCAAGACCAUGGGCGCUGUGGCCCACCAGUUCAAGCAGCUGACCCGGGACGUCCUCUCUCGGGUGAGGGACGCGUCGGGGCGGCCCCUGAACCCCGAGAGGUUUACCCUGCAGUGCGGCGCUAACGGGAGGGUCGUAGUUCAGCCCAUCAGACAGCCCACUGUCGCCACAUCAGCUGGCAAAAAAACAGACAAGAGAAAGAAGGAGAAGAAGCAGUGAGAUUGCUCGCUGAGACUCGAGCUUUAGGGGUUCUUUUUGGAUAUUGCUGAACUUUACUAAACCUGGCUUUGGGGUUUUACUUUUGUAAAGAUUGCAUUGGAAGCCUAAAUUUUCACAAGCUGCAAAAACAAGAGAGACUCGGAGCAUAAAUUAAUUAAAAAAAAAUAGAAAAAUCUGUACAUAUGGGAAAAAAAAGUAGCUUACACACUGGACUUUUGUUUGCUUGUUAAAGAUGGGCAAAGCAGGGUUUAAGGGAACAGCUUAGCUGCUGGAAACGGCAUCAAUCUCUCUGUGCCUGUUAAGAUAUGAACUCGGACACUCUUCGCUAAGUGUGGCAGAUUCUGGUUAGAGCUCUAAGAUGAGGGUUGUUCUGUUUGUUUGCCUUGUACUUUGCCUAUUUAGUAUAAAUAGGAGGGUAAAAGAUUGUAUUUAUAAAUGGCUUGAGGUUCUUGAACUUGAAGUUCUUAUAUGCGUCAUGAGACUUUUUUUAUAUAUAUAUAUAUAACUUAAAAUGUAACUGAUAAGAAAAUUAAAAUUCCACCAAAUGUUUACAGCCAACAUUUCAGAGAUCAGGGGGUAGGUAAGGUUAACCUUUUGAACUGAAAUGGAAAAAAAAAGAAUAAAGUUCAUUCUUUUCUACAAUCUUUUUAAUUACAUAAAGCAAACCAAUGAUUAAAGAGGCCUUAAUUUGCUUUUAAGAAAGUGUGAUUUUUUUUUCUCGUUAUGUUGGGUGUAAACAUGUUUUCAGAGUUUUAAAGGUUACUAGAACAAAUACAACUUCUACAUCAGUUGGAGAAGAGCACACAUAGGUUUGACCUUUUCAAUUGUAACAAUUUAAGUACUGGCAUAAAAAUACUCAACUUCAUCUCUAAAAAUCCAUAUCAAUGUUGCUACAAGGUAAAAGAAAGUCUAAAAAUGUCAACAUCAACUUUUGGUUUUGGUUGCUUUGACACAUUUUACAUAUUACAGAAAUAGUUGCUGGGGAAUGCACUGAUUAACAUCCUGUGGAGGACUUUUAGAUCUUUAUUUGGACCUGCUGAUACCAAAUGCAGCCAAUUCAAAUUUCUCUUCAGGAAUAGGCGAGACAUAUUCAAAGUUUGGUGUUUUCCUCCAAUGAAUGUUCCAACUAUUGGCAGAGAUGGCGUCAAAGAAUAUCCUUAGAUUAGCAAUUUC